AUAAAUACAGUACUAAUCGAUGGAUGUACUCGCAUGGUUUCGUGCAUUUCCUAAAUCUUGUUUAUGUGACGUCAGCAACAAGAAGGUUGGGACAACGCGGAUUCGACUGCGCUAGGAUAAAUAAUAUGCGUGCUGAGCAAGAGCCAUCAAUUAUAUCGCAGUGACGGAAGGGACGCAGAAUAAAGAAAGCAAAUCCUCCCUCUCAACAAUAUGUUGGGAAACAGAAGGAAAGCACCCCCCGUGCGUAAGAACGGGAACGGGACGUCCGAUUCUAAGGCCAUCCAUCCGCUAAGAAGUCUCGGGUUGCAGGAUGAUGAAGACGUCAAGUGGAUGCUGAAGGGCUCCAAUAUGGUGAAGGUCCGAUCACCUCACUGGCAAAAGCGACGUACCCUCAAGCUGCUGGAAGAUGGCGUCACAGUUUGGUGCCAGUCCCACAAAACUUUCAGUCGAGCCAAAGAGCAACAAUCUUUCUCCAUCACGGAAGUGGAAUGCGUAUGUGAGGGCUGCCAUUCGGAGACGUUGCGGCAGAUGGUUGGUGCAGUUCCCGAAGGACGGUGUUUGACGGUGGUCUUCAAGGGUCCCCGAAAGAAUCUGGAUCUUCUCUGCCAGAACCCUGAAGAGGCUUUUCAUUGGACCCGCGGCAUCCGGACACUGCAGGAAAGAAUUGGCAACAUGACCCAGAAGGAGAAACUUGAUCAAUAUCCUUUGAUGAAUGUGGAAUAUUCCCUCCCUCAUCAUUUUCCAUUUUCGAACAUUUUUGGAAGAAAAAAAAAGCUCCAGGGAGACUCUACGGCGGCGAUAAAUUUGCCCAACACAGCGCAGAGGAACCAUUUGAUGACACCCAAUGGCUUCACCAUGUACAUGCUGUCCAAGGAGAAUUCUGUUUUUGACCCGGAACAUGUUCGAGUUUAUCAAAACAUGAAACAACCGCUGGCGCACUACUUCAUUUCCUCAUCCCACAAUACAUACUUGACUAAGGAUCAGCUGACCGGAGAGAGCGGCGUCGAGCCAUAUAUCCGAGCCCUGAAUCAUGCAUCGCCGUACCCUCUGAUCCUUUCCUUGGAGAACCACUGCUCUGUGGAGCAGCAGGCAGUGAUGGCUCGACACCUGAAGAGCAUCCUUGGAGACAAAUUGCUGACCAAGCCCGUUGGUGGCCUCGACCCCAACACCCUGCCUUCACCGGAAGAUCUGAAAGGUAAAAUCCUCGUUAAGGGGAAGAAAGAGAAGCCAGCGAUGCGGGAAGGCACGUCAAGCUCGUCAGACCUCAGCUCAUCAGACGAUGAAGUCAACCAAGCUGAGAGCAGUACCCAUAACAGGAAAAAAGAUGACAAGCCGGCCGCGCCUCAGAUGAGUUCAGAGCUGUCAGAAUUGGUCGUGUACACCCGCAGUGUGCACUUUAAAAGCUUUCAACACGCUGCCAAAUCCCCGCCAAGUGACAUGUCCUCAUUUUCUGAAAGUGAAGCCCUCAGACAUGUCAAAGACUCAGGGAUGUAUUUUGUGCGCCACAACAGCCACCAUCUUAGCAGGGUCUACCCCUCAGGACAGCGACUACAGUCGUCCAACUAUAACCCUCAGGAAAUGUGGAAUGGAGGCUGCCAACUUGUGGCUCUGAAUUUCCAAACUCCUGGUGAACAGAUGGAUCUAAAUCGAGGCAAAUUCAUGCAGAAUGGUCAAUGUGGCUACAUUCUGAAGCCCCCUUUCAUGUGCCAGCCGUACACCACCUUUAAUCCAGAGAAUGUUGGUGGCGGUCCUGGCCAUGCGCCUGUUCUUUUCACUGUUAAGGUUAUUUCCGCACAGCAGUUACCUAAGCAAGAGAAGAAGAAGCCGACAGCCAUUGUGGAUCCCCAUGUUUGGGUUGAGAUACAUGGUGUUACGAUUGAUAACAACAAGAAGAAAACCCAUCACAUCCAAAAUAAUGGUUUUAAUCCACAAUGGGACUGCACCUUUAAUUUUACCAUUCAUGCUCCUGGCCUGGCUCUUGUUCGCUUUUUGGUUGAAGAUCACGACUAUACUUCAAGCAACGACUUUCUCGGACAAUACACACUGCCUUUUACAAGUCUCCGCACAGGUUAUCGCCAUGUCCGACUGCUCAAGCAGGAUGGCUCCAGCCUUUCACCCUCCUCACUCUUCAUCCAUGUCGAGAUCAUCGACUGUCAGGAUAGCCAUUCCAAGUCAUCUAAAUCACAGGGCUAAGGCAUCUCAAGCAAA